AUGGACCCGCUAGCCUGCAGCAGCUGCGGGCGGACUUAUUCCUCCGUGUCCGUACUCGGCCGUCACCGCCUGCGAUGCAGAUCUCGGCCGAGGAGCCGGAAGAAGGCUUGCGCCGAGUGUUCACGCUCCAAGAAGGAAGGCGGAAGUCCGGCUCCAUCUUCCAGCCGACCCUCCAUGGUGUCACUCGGCGCAGGGCAGAUCCCUUUGGCUCCAUCCUUGACUCCACCGGACACAUUCUGGACAUUGGCUCCCGACAAAGGGCCAGAUCUAACUGAUUCACUAAACCCAUUCUCCGUACCGAGCUGGGUGUCAAAUGAGGCGUGGGAUUGGCAGACACCGCUUUACGCGUCUGACGAAGGCCAGGGCCGUGUCCAGAGUUUUACCUCCAAUGUUGCACCUGAGCCCACAUCCGCAACGAACAACCCUCAAGGGAUCACACAGAGCUUGGCCGGGAAUAGCUUUCAGUAUUCGAGCAUUUAUCCCUUCGAGAAGUCGGCAACUGCUGAACAGGGCCUCGAUCUUGUUGACCAGGUUCUCAAAUCCUAUGUGGAUGGCGUGGCUCUGGGGCUUCGCCCGGGCCCCUUUAUCCACCACCGGAAUUGGGACCACGACCGCCGUCCUUUAGUUCUUGUUGAAGCCACGGCAGUUGCCCAUCUCUAUGCGAUGGUGACACCGCAAUCUGAUGCUGUGCUUUUACGAUCCAUCAAUACCCAGCUGGUUUCACUUCAGCGGAAUGCUGUUCUUUUGUACUCAAUGAUGCGCAUUUACCGGUCAGGACCUACAGCCUCGGAAUGCAUCGAUAGAGUUCCCCUGAGGUUGAUGCAGCACGUACUCAGUAAAAACAUGCAUUACAUCCCACCGUACACCAACGUCACAUCAAGUGACUGGGAAUUAUGGAUCCAGACCGAGACCUUACGCAGAUGCUUCCUGACCCUCCACGCCCUCGACCACGUCACGCACGCGCGCCAGUCUCUCCCCGGCGCCCUAUGCGCCAUGUUCCCCGAUUCCCCGCUGCCCUGCCCGCCCGACGUCUGGGAGGCGCCGACCGCCGAGGAGUGGGCGGUCCGGCACCGCGCGUGGGAAGAGCGCUGCGCGCCCGACGGGCCGGUCAGGGCGGGCGAGGUGCUCAAUUGGGUGUGGGGGCAGGGGGCUGGGAGGGGGGAACAGGUCAGGAGGUGGUUUAAGGAGGCUGGGGAGGGGAUGGGUGGGGUAGUGUGGGAGUGCGCGAGGGCGCAGGCGAGGGUGGGUGUGGAGGGGGGGGGAUGA